CGUCUCGAUCGCGAGCCUCAAAACCAAGCGGCCGGUGACGACGAACUCGCACACCACGUCCUACACCGUGGACCUCGUCGACAUGUACGCCGAAGAAGAGCGCGAUAUCUUGGUCCAGCUGACGCUCGAGGCGUGGCCAGCCGCCGACACGGACCAGCCGCUCGUGACGUUCAACGUCCGCUAUGCCAACGUCCUGACGUCGUCGCUUGAGACCACGUCGACGAGUGUCACCGUCGGACGCCCGUCGGUGUCGCACCAAGCCGGCGCGUCGCUCAAGGUCGACGACAUCAUCAUGGAGUUUGAGUAGAAGAGAAGCAUGGG